UCUAGGUGGUUCCUGCCCUGCAGGCUGCAUUGACCCCUCUUUGGGGUGACAGGUGGGCUUGUGGGCGGGCUGCUCUCAUGUGGGACGCUUGUGGGGGUCUGUGAUGCAGAGCAUGCGGGCAUUGGAGCCAGAGGGCUUGUGGGGUGUGGGCUGCUUGGGGUAGACAAACUCUGCUACUCCUAAGCCCUCCCCUGGCUCUGGCCUGCCUUGGUGCCAUCUGUGCCAUCCCUCCCCAGUUCCUGGGCCACAGCACAGUUGGCCAGGGACCUGGCAGGAACAGCACGGGCCACACAGAGCCCCUUCCCAACUCUGCCUCCUCUUCUAGUCCGCCAGUUCCUUAGGAGUGGGGUGAGCCCUGACCUGGCCAAUGAAGACGGCCUGACGGCACUGCACCAGUGCUGCAUUGAUGGCUUCCAAGAGAUGGCACAGCAGCUCCUGGGUGCUGGGGCCAACGUCAACGCCUGUGACAGUGAGUGCUGGACACCUCUGCACGCUGCAGCCACCUGCGGCCACCUGCAUCUGGUGGAGCUGCUCAUUGCCCGUGGUGCCAAUCUCCUGGCGGUCAACACUGAUGGGAAUAUGCCCUAUGACCUGUGUGAUGAUGAGCAGACGUUAGACUGCUUGGAGACUGCCAUGGCCAACCGCGGUGUCACCCAGGACAGCAUUGAGGGGGCCCGGGCUAUGCAGGAGCUGUGCCUGCUGGAGGAUGUCCAGAGCCUGCUGCGGGCAGGGGCUGACCUCAAUUCCCCCUUGGACCACGGGGCCACGCUGCUGCACAUUGCUGCUGCCAAUGGGUUCGGCAAGGCGGCUGCCCUGCUGUUGGAACACCAAGCCAGCCUAAGCGCCAAGGACCAGGAUGGCUGGGAGCCACUGCACGCAGCAGCCUACUGGGGUCAGGUGCACCUCGUGGAGCUGCUUGUGGCUUAUGGGGCAGACCUGAAUGGGAAGUCCUUGAUGGACGAGACACCUCUUGAUGUGUGUGGGGAUGAAGAGGUACGGGCCAAGCUGCUGGAGCUGAAGCACAAGCAUGACGCACUCCUGCGUGCCCAGAGCCGCCAGCGCUCCCUGCUGCGCCGCCGCACCUCUAGUGCAGGCAGUCGUGGGAAGGUGGUAAGGCGAGUGAGCCUGACCCAGCGCACCAACCUGUACCGCAAAGAGCAUGCCCAGGAGGCCAUUGUAUGGCAACAGCCACCACCCCCUAGCCCAGAGCCACCUGAGGAUGAUGAGGACCACCAGACAGAUGCUGAGCUCCAGCUACCUCCUCCUAAGAACCAUGGCCUUGAGGACAGGUAACCAGAGUCAGGCUACAAGGAAUGGGCUGAAGGAGAAGGUGCUGACGCUGGACACCAUGAACCCGUGUGUGCGGAGGGUGGAGUAUGCAGUGCGCGGCCCGAUAGUGCUUCGUGCGUUGGAGCUGGAGCAGGAGCUGCGCCAGGGUGUCAAGAAGCCCUUCACAGAGGUCAUCCGUGCUAAUAUUGGGGACGCACAGGCCAUGGGGCAGAAACCCAUCACCUUCCUGCGCCAGGUCCUGGCCCUCUGCGUAAACCCUGAUCUCCUGAGCAGCCCCAACUUCCCUGAGGAUGCCAAGAAAAGGGCAGAGCGUAUCUUGCAGGUCUGCGGGGGCCACAGCCUAGGAGCCUACAGCAUCAGCUCCGGCAUCCAGCUGAUACGGGAGGACGUGGCCCGGUACAUUGAGAGGCGCGAUGGAGGCAUCCCUGCGGACCCCAACAACAUCUUCUUGUCUACAGGGGCCAGUGAUGCCAUCGUGACGGUGCUGAAGCUGCUAGUGGCUGGCGAGGGCCGCAUGCGCACAGGUGUACUCAUUCCCAUACCACAGUACCCGCUAUACUCAGCCACACUGGCGGAGCUUGACGCGGUGCAGGUGGACUACUACCUGGACGAGGAGCGUGCCUGGGCUCUCGACGUUGCUGAGCUGCAGCGAGCACUGCAUCAGGCGCGUGACCACUGUCGUCCACGCGCGCUCUGUGUCAUCAAUCCCGGCAACCCCACUGGGCAGGUGCAGACCCGUGAGUGCAUUGAGGCCGUGAUCCGCUUUGCCUUCGAAGAGCGGCUCUUCCUCCUGGCUGAUGAGGUGUACCAGGACAACGUGUACGCUGAGGGUUCGCAGUUCCACUCGUUCAAGAAGGUGCUUAUGGAGAUGGGGUCACCCUACGCCGGGCAGCAGGAGCUUGCCUCCUUCCACUCGAUCUCCAAGGGCUACAUGGGCGAGUGCGGGUUCCGCGGUGGCUAUGUGGAGGUGGUGAACAUGGAUGCUGCGGUGCGGCAGCAGAUGCUGAAGCUGAUGAGUGUGCGGCUGUGCCCGCCAGCACCGGGCCAGGCCCUGCUCGACUUGGUGGUCAGCCCGCCUGUGCCCUCCGACCCCUCUUUUGCGCAAUUCCAAGCCGAGAGACAGGCAGUGCUGGCGGAGCUGGCGGCCAAGGCCAAGCUCACUGAGCAAGUCUUCAAUGAGGCUCCUGGCAUCUGCUGCAACCCAGUGCAAGGCGCCAUGUACUCCUUCCCACGUGUGCAGCUGCCCCCACGCGCCGUGCAACGGGCUCAGGAGCUGGGCCUAGCACCUGACAUGUUCUUCUGCCUUCGGCUCCUGGAGGAGACUGGCAUCUGCGUAGUGCCUGGGAGUGGCUUCGGGCAGCGGGAAGGCACCUACCACUUCCGGAUGACAAUUCUGCCCCCCAUGGAGAAGCUGCGGCAGCUGCUGGAGAAGCUGAGCCAGUUUCACACCAAGUUCACCCAAGAGUAUUCCUGAGCACCCUAGCCAGCGGAGGCUGAUGGCUCAGGGCCCUGUGGGUUCUGGAGCCCACUGGAGUUGCUUCUGCUGCCCUGGGGCUGGGCCCCUUUGUCUCUGAAAGUCACUAAUAAAGCUAUGACCUUCUCCUUGGAGGCAGCUACA